CGUCACACAUCGAGAAGGGAGGGCUGAGGUUGGACGCAAAAGAAAGCUAUCUGAACAUCCCACAGCGCUGUUUAUAUUUUUCUAUUAAGAGAAAGGGGAUUGUAGGCUUGAUAUCGAGUGUGUUAGCACAAUUUUACUGCGGACGUUUAGGUUGGGCUGAAAUUGUGAUACCUACUGAAUAUUUUAGAUUGAGUUCUAUAAUAGAUCUGUCAUCUAUUAAAGCAAAAUGUGCCGAAAACAGCAUCUUAUCAAGCACUAGGAUCAGUUCGUUCACCUUCCAAAUCAUACUCAGCGAUCCAAACGCCAAAAUUUCUACGCUCAAUUAGCAUUGUCCCUGUUCAGCCAUGGCUUCAAACUCCAUCACCACCAAACUCACUGCUUGCGGUGGCAGGGAGGAAGGUCAGAGAGUGAACCAGCUUACGGAGUCAAGCCAAGCACCUGUCACCUCCCAACCAACAAUCUCCGAACAACCAGCCACACCCUCUGGCCCAGGGAGGGCUGCUGAACUGGACCACCUGGCAGUGAUCAGCGAGAAGAUGGAGAACAGUAAUGGAAUUUGUCCUGCCUCUGCAGACCCCUCCCCCUCUGCAUCCUCCCCCUCCUCCCCGCAAAAGCAGCAGCAUACCAAGCCAGGUGGGCACCAACUGAAUGGUCGCUCCCAGCUGGGCAGUCGCUCUGGCUCGUUGGGCCACUCAGCGGGGUCCCCUAGACCCUCCCUCAGUCGCAAACCCAGUAUGCUGCCAGAGGGCCCUGGCGAUGGUUCCAAACCCAGAGACUAUCUGAUUUUAGCAAUCCUGUCCUGUUUCUGCCCUCUAUGGCCCAUCAACAUCGUAGCUCUGACCUUCUCUGUAAUGUCCCGGAACAGUCUGCAGGAGGGGAACAUCGAUGGGGCACGGCGCUUGGGUCGUAAUGCCAUGAUACUAUCCAUUGUCUCCCUAGUGGGAGGGAUCAUUAUCAUUACUGCAGCUAUCAUCUUCAACUGGGGACUUAUAUUAAAAUCCUGAGGGUUUUAAUUAAACCUGCAUCCAGGAUGGCAAGACUGCACAAACAACAAGCAAACUAACAAGACUGUACACUUUCCAAAAUCAAAGCACUAUUCUUCUCAAGCGCCUGCAACCUACCCUCUGUCCUUUAAUCUGGCUCUUGCUGCAUGAGCAUGGAAGGCCUGUACAUGUUCUCAGACACAGACAACUUUAACUCUACCUCCUACAGCAUGUUUGACCCAGAAAGCAGGUGUUGUGCAGAAGGUAUGGCAGGAGCAAAUGCAGUCUUAUGUAAAGAUCUUCUCUUCAGGUGGAUGGUAAAUCAGUUUUCUUCAACAAGCCUCCCAAAUCACUCCAGUCUGCUAAAGCUAGAGUGAAGUGUCACUGGAAAUGAGAGAGGGAGUCAGGUGGCUGAGCGGUUAGGGAAUCGGGCUAGUAAUCAGAAGUUUGCUGGUUCGAUUCCCCGGCCGUGCAAAAUUAUGGUGUGUCCUUGGGCAAGGCACUUUACCCUACUUGCCUCGGGGGAAUGUCCCUGUACUUACCGUAAGUCGCUCUGGAUAAGAGCGUCUGCUAAAUGUAAAAUGACAUCUGUUUUUAGGGGAUUUUCUAGUCCUAUUUCAGUGAGCUCCUUAACAAUGUAAAACAAAAAGUGAUUGUUUUAUUUGUGACACCAAAACCACUGUAGCUAAACAUAAAGACUGAAGGUCUAAGUUCAAAUAAAUAGUCAUGCACUUUGUAUGAAAGAUGUGAUGAAUUAAUGAAAGAUGAUCAUAAAUUAUUAUUGCCUCGGUAAGGUUUGGUUCAAAAUAUUGAAGUGAACUAAUUUGUCUUUGCUUUUUUUGUACUGUAGUUUCCAAUGACUGCACUCAAUGCUUUCAAUCACACAUGCAUAUUUGUACAUACAUAUGUAUGUACAAAGACAUGCAUGCACGCACACACAAUCACAGAUGCACAAAUGCACAUACUGCGGCUGUGUACAUGUGUAAGUACGGCAAGAAGGCUAACCAGUUAUAACGAAAAUAGGAAAGAGGGAAGGGCGAAAGGAAAAUUGGAUGAGGGCUGAACUGCAGUCUUUUGUUUUGCACAGAUGGAGAGGAUGCAAGGGAAAGGGUUGGGGUUUGCGGGUAUCUCUUGUGUGCAGUAAGGUACAUAUUUUGAACAGAGCACAGAAACACAGACUUGUAGUCUUAAGAUUCAAGGCAGGCAUCUGCUGCUUUAAGAAAGACUUAACAUAACUUACAUAGAAUGCUAAAAUGCAGAAAUAUUGCAGAAUGAUCACAAUGUAUCUUUACCCUUACCAAGUGAGACAUCAUACCACUCCCAAUGCCUUAUAUCUUUCUCUGCAAAGUUUUGAUAUCUCUGGUAUUAAUAUUUUACAUUUGUAACACAAUGGAACUUAAGUAUAUGCACUGAAUAACUGCUUAAAUUGUUUGUUAGUCAUCAAUGGCUUUUAGGGGAGUCAUUUUUUCUCCCAUGUAAGAUAUCACCCUUUGUAUAUUAUUUUGCUGUAUAAUGUUUCUCUGGUGAGGAUAAGUUCUUAUCUGCGUCUUUUUAAUAUUCACUGAGAAGAACCUUUUUAUCGUUUGAGGGUCAGUGUCCUAGUCAGUGUACCAUGAUUGGAAUGUCUCCCAAAUCACAAAGGGACAGCUCUUUCUUUUGGCAAGUGACAUAAGCAGUAUGCUGUGUCUGUGUAUUUAGGUGUGUGUGUGAUUGUGUGUAUGUGUGUGUAUGGGAGGAGGCGGGGCAGAUAGAAAGGAGUAUGUGAUGCUUUUUGAGGACAGCAGUUAACACUUCCACUUUCUCUUACUGUUGAGAGGUCUCAUAGCGCCUAUUACGCCGUGCAAAUUCAAACUAUAGUUUACUAAAUGUUUACACUGUUUUAACUAAAGGUUUAAUGCUUUUAUACCAUGAGUCAGUGUCUUUGAAAUACUUAUUAAGCAGUAUUUUAAAUGUGAAGCCUUGUCCAAGGCACAAGGCUCUUGCCACAAGCGAUUAAGAACAUUGCAAACCAAAGCAAAUUAACUCAUACCUGUCAGUUAUAGUACAUAAUCACCAAUAAACCAUAGCUAUCAGCCUAUCUGAUUCCGCGGUUGGAACCACCCCAACAAUUUGAGACUUUUCAAAAAUCAUAAUACCACAUAAAACGUUUUUUUUUGUUUUUAAUGUGAAAUUUGUGGGGCACAAAUGAACAAUUUUCCACUUCUUGACAGUAACUCUGAUCCGUAACAACAAUAUAUGAAAGUUGCCAGUUGGCCUAUGCCAAACAAGCAUGUUGAUUGAAUGUACAAGGUGUUUUCCCAAGUCCUUGUCUUUAGAAUACAGUGAACUUCAUCCUUGAUGGCUUUGGGUUCUAGCUAAAGGGUUUCCCAUUGGACAUAACAAGUUAGAAUAAGCCACUCUGACAGUGCAUAUGGAAGUUGGAGGUCUCAGACAGCAAUGGCUCCCCAUACCCUUUCACUACUCUUACCAAACUGUAGCAUGUCUGUUUACUAACCACUUUAUACAAAGUACAAUUUUAGCUCAACUUAUAUGGGGCUUCAAGUUAAUUUCGUUUUUCAAUGAUUGUUCAUUACUAUGUAUAUAUAAAUUGCUUGCUUUAAACACAGAACUGUAGAUACCUCUGUGUAAAAGUGUCAUUAUAUGAACUGUACUCGAUGCCUUGCUUCUUUCCACCAAAUUGAUUUAUUUACAGUGACUGUUAAUUUAUCACUGACAUCUUUGAGUAAAUACAGUAGUGCUCAGUUCCUUUUAUUAUUGUCAAAUCAUGAGCACAAACACAACAGUCCAAAGAAUGUUCAUGUCUUUAGCUAUUCAUCUGGUAAAUGACUCUUGGUAAAUGACUUUAUCACUUUAUUUGAAAAACUGAUGUAAAAAGCAUGUUCAAAGGUUUUCAUUCCUUAUGCUGUGUAGAGGACAGUUAUUAACCACCAGUUCAUGAUAAUUUAUGACACCAGUGAUUUUCUUUACACCUUUUCUGAUAUCUCAGGUUUGUUUUUUAUUCUAUUGAGCUCUAUCUUUUCAUUCAAAGACACACCUUUCUUUUUUUAAACAAUUUCUGAUGUCAUAAGUGUAAACUAAAUCUUAUGUUUAAUAUAAUCUGCUCUGUUUGAUAUCGUCUCUUUUGCAUCUUGAAAUGAAGAGAAAGCUGCAAACUAUAAAAAUAUUAACAAACUAUCUGCAAACUCAGUAAUAGUGUUGGUAUGUAUUGCUAUAAUCCUAAAUCAGACUUUUGUGCAGACUUGCCUGUGCAUGCCUUAAAUGAUUGCUUUAAGCAUACAGUAUGAGUAUGUAUGUGCACUGCACAGUAUGUUAAUCAAAUGUAUUGAUUCAAGACUAUUGAUAUUCAUCCUAUACUGAUGUUGACUGUUCUUGAAUAUGUUUGAUGGAAAUAAACCCCAUUUUAG